CCAUUUUGCCUUGCCAUUGGUGAUUUUUGAGGGAGUUUUAAAGCUGAGCUGAAAUGUUUGAACUGUGGAACACUCUUGACCAUGAAAUAUGUUCUACUUACAUGCCUCAGCCUUUAGAAGUUCUUUGCAUUAGAGUCAGGGAUUACAUUCUUCCUGGAGCCAAGCUUGAGUCCAGCUGUAAUCAACUCUCAUUUCUCCUUGGGGAGGUUGAUAGAAGUUUAAAAGGUUUGUUGUGGCGAGUGUCAAAAACAUUCUCAGCUCUAUCACCAAGACUUCCCUUCCACUUCAACCCACUGGAGACCACUUAGAUAACCAACCGGACACGACAGCUGAAUUCAGGAAACCAUGCAUCGUAUCAGCAGGAGCCAACUGCAGACCUUAAACUCUGUUCAACAUGUGGAUACAGCAGAGAAAUGACCUGUCCAGACAAGCCAGGGCAACUCAUAAACUGGUUCAUCUGCUCCUUGUGCGUCCCGAGGGCGCGUAAACUCUGGAGCAGCCGGCGUCCCAGGACCCGGAGGAACCUUCUGCUGGGCACUGCCUGUGCCAUCUACCUGGGCUUUCUGGUUAGCCAGGUGGGGCGGGCCUCAAUCCAGCACGGACAAGCAGCCGACAAGAGGCCACCCCGCAGCCGCGACUCUGCAGAGGCAUCCUUUCCUGAGAUCCCCCUGGAUGGCACCCUGGCUCCUCCUGAGUCCCAGGGCAAUGGGACCACCUUACAGCCCAACGUGGUGUACAUUACCCUACGCUCCAAGCGCAGCAAGCCUGCCAAUAUCCGUGGCACUGUGAAACCCAAGCGCAGGAAGAAAUAUGCAGUUGCAUCUGGUAUCCCUGGUCAGGAAGCAUUGGUUGGACCGUCCUUUCAGACACAGGAUGCUGCAAGGGCAGCUGAUGCUGAAGUGCUUGGGUAUGCUCAGGGAGGAAACCUGGCCAAGAUUGGAGAACCAUCCUGGAGGCUGGUGCGAGGCCCUGGAGUCCGAGCUGGGGUCUUAGACUUCCAGUUGCCCAAAGCCAGAGAGAGCAACAUCAGGAUCUACAGCGAGAGCGCCCCCUCGUGGCUGAGCAGAGAAGACAUCCGCAGAAUGCGCCUGUUGGCAGAUGGUGCGGUGGCGGGAGUCCAGCCUGUGUCCUCAAGGAGUGGUGCCCGCCUGCUGGUGCUGGAAGGGAGCACAGCUGGCUCACUGCCUCGCUGUGGCCCUAGCCCCUGUGGCUUGCUCAAGCAACCACUGGACAUGAGUGAGGUGUUUGCCUUCCACCUGGAUAGGAUCUUGGGGCUCAACAGGACCCUGCCGUCUGUGAGCAGGAAAUCAGAGUUCAUCCGAGAUGGCAGUCCAUGUCCGAUCACUCUCUGGGACUCAUCUUUAUCUCCAGCAAGUAAUGAUACCCAUUCUUCAGUCAAGCUCACCUGGGGAACUUAUCAGCAGUUGCUGAAACAGAAAUGCUGGCUGAAUGGYCGGGUACCCAAACCUGAAUGGGGCUGCACUGAAAUCCAUCACCAUGAGUGGUCUAAGAUGGCGCUCUUUGAUUUUUUGCUACAGAUUUAUAAUCGCUUAGAUACAAAUUGUUGUGGAUUCAGACCACGCAAGGAAGAUGCCUGUGUACAGAAUGGAUUGAGGCCAAAUUGUGAUGACCAAAAUUCUGCGACUCUAGCACACAUUAUCCAGCGAAAGCAUGACCCGAGGCAUUUGGUCUUUAUAGACAAUAAGGGUUUCUUCGACAGAAGUGAAGAUAACUUAAACUUCAAAUUGUUAGAAGGCAUCAAAGAGUUUCCAGAAUCUGCAGUUUCUGUUCUGAAGAGCCAGCAUUUACGGCAGAAACUCCUUCAGUCUCUGUUUCUUGAUAAGGUUUACUGGGAAAGUCAAGGUGGUAGACAAGGAAUCGAAAAGCUUAUUGAUGUAAUAGAACAGAGAGCCAAAAUUCUUAUCACUUACAUCAAUGCACAUGGGGUCAAAGUGCUACCUAUGAAUGAAUGACAUAAGGGUCUUCUGUCGACACUGCUGGAUGUGUUUAUGCAUUUUUGUUUGUUUUGAAAUCAAGUACAUCAACCUCAAGUCCUCCUAGGAAUGAGACAGUAUAUCUGAAUAUAAAAACAUAAAAUUAAUUUAACCUGAGCACUAUAUGCAGACGUUAAAAUGGUUUAAAAAUGCAUACAGCUCAAAAAUAUUCAUUUAUAUUUUUGUCUAACAUGGCAUGUGUGUCUCAACAUCUGGCUAUGGGAGAGUUCUAAUUAUUAUUCCAACUAAUUUGGAAAAGCAUUUGUCAUGUCACUUAAUAGAGCAGUAUAAACCAGAAAUACUGACUCCUUUAAUAAAAUAUAUUUUAUGCCAUUUGACUUAUCUGACCAGCUACGAAUGGGAAUGGUUCUUGAGGUUAUUCUGUCUCUGAUAGAUGACAAUCCUGGCACUGCCCAGAGGCAAUCUACAUUGGGAAAUUGAGGCACAUGAUCUGUGAAAGCAGAGGAGGCUAUAAAUGUAUUCUAAAUAGAAUUGAUGGAUGAAUUCCAAAACCACCAGUAUAUUUUCUAUAGUAUCUAAGUAAUCAGCCAUCUUUGAGCAGUAAGAAUAACAUUCUAUUGAUUUUUUAAAAAACUUACUUUGUUGUCAGUAUGGAAACAUCCAUAUCUGACAGUGUUAUAUGUUGGUUAGCUUUGCUUUCUCAGUUUUGACCCAAUUUAUGUUUAGUGUUUUAGAAAUUAAACAAUUCUAAAGUCUGAUGUUACCUAUUUGAAAAUACACUUAGUAUUUUUUCAAUGAAUACUUUAAAAAACUUUGUCAUUUUACCAAGGACAUAAUUUCUGUAUAUUUUAUUAAUAAUAAUGGUUUUGUUCUAUGUAAUUAUAUUUAAUCUGAUUUAAUUGAUGUUGCCCAGAUAGUGACAAUAGGUCUAAAUACAGAGUGAGUUUAAAUUUAUUGUCUAUUUUAUUUCAAUAUGAGAAGUAUAAGCAAAAUAAAUUAAAACUUUACUCUGAUCAGUUCUUCUCAAUGAGAACACAUAACCACAACUAAAACAAUGAACUUGGACAAUGUUAACCCACAAAUAAUUACCCCAAACUUCCUCUGUGAACUCUGUAAUGAGUUUGGAAGGACUUUGACAUAAUUGUAUCCAUCUGUUGGGUCUUCAUGUUCCUGGAAGUUACCCAAGAUCAUCUUGUAUCAUAGGUACUCAUAAAGAGGCUUCAAAUCUAGAACAAAUCAUCAUUUCCCUCCCACUCUCCCCAUCCUGCUCCUUACGUAAAAUUUGAUUUACUGACUGGGAUAUAGUUCAGUGGUACAGCCCUUGCCUUGGGUUCUAUCCCACAAUGUCAAAAACAAACAAACAAACAAACAAACAAACAAACAAAAUCAGAAAACAAAGCCAAAAAAAAAAGCAAAUAAAACUAAUACUAAAAGUUGGUUUAUGGGGUAUUUCUUUCCCCAAAUAUUUCAAUAUACAAAUUAUGAAUGUUUACAAUAAAUUCUAUUGUCUCUUUUCUCAGUUCUGUUAUUCUAACAUACAGGACGUUUUUCUGUAUUCUCAUCAAAGAUAACUCAAUAUCAUUGUGAAUUAAAACCAUUAAAGAUAUUAGAUUAUAGGCUGGAUUUUAAAAGAAGAACAUAUGUUUAGAUUUUAAUUUAUAAAAAUCUAUAGAGUAAAUUAUCAAAAUAGGAUGUUAAGCACAAAGAGAAGAUGGACAAAGGGAGAGGGAUCAUUUGAUUACCAAUUUAUAACUUGUUUAGGCUCAUCUUCAAUAGUACACUUAGCAUCCUUAUUUGCUGUAUCUGUCCUCUGAAAGUUGAUCUUGGAUAAUUCUUCUCUGAUUUUCCCCAUACAGCAGAGGGAGUACCUCUCUCUGUUCCCACAAAUUCAUAGUACUUKUUGGUCCAUUGAGUUCUUACUCUGUCUGUUCUGACCCUGCUGUCUAUAAAUCUUCUCUCAUAAAUCAUUCUCUUAAUAGAAGAAUUAGCCUAACACAAGUUUGGAGACAUUGAUGUGAAAUAACUUUUUUUUUCAAGUUGUCUUAWACCUAGUCUUAUCAAAGUGAAAUAUCUGCAAAUAGGGUUUUUAAAAAUAUAAUUUACCAUCUUAACCUAAAUUUGUGAUAUUGAUGGUAUGAAUUCCAAGCUCCUUAGAAGCUAUCUUUAAUGUGGUCUCAAGCUACACUGCUGCUUUCCUCCCAUAUGUGAACCAGACUGUAUUUGCCUUUAGUUAUUCCAAAAUAUCUAAUACAAAAUGAAAGGUCCAAGAACACAUUUAUUUUAGCAACAUUAGAAUUUUAACAGUGURUUGUGCUUUAUAAUCAGUGAAUAAUUCAUGAUGUAUUAUUUUUGAAUAAUGGAUAGCUAAAGGCUAAGCUGUUAAUUCUAAUAGGUAACUUUCUUCUUUAAUUGAAACAAUGAGAACACUUUGUGCAUUUCAGAUGCACUCAGAUUAUGCUGUAAUUUGGUUCUCAUAAGCAAUUAUAUGGUUUAUUUAUAACACUAUAACAAAUUUAAAAUAGAAUAAUUUACCAUGGAAGACAUGCAAAAACUUACUCUGUAUGACAUUUCUUUAAACUGAUGAUAAGAAAGUAAAUAUGUAGCUUAAAAAUCUGUAAUAAAACAUUAGAUAGUAAAUAUGUGUGCUAUUUUUGGUAAGUGGGUUCAUUUUCUUUUCUGUAGAUGGGUUAAUUUUCAAAAGCUGAAUAUAGAAGAAUCUUUGUUACCUUUAUCCAUG